AUGUCCGAAGACUCUGACGACGAGCCAAGCUGCGAUCAAAAUGCGAAAGCCUUUGGUACGAUUGCCCAGAGACGUCGUUAUGGCGUGUACUUCUCCAGGUCCUCUGUGAUGUCCAUGAUAGCCGAUUCCUCCCGCGACUCCGGACUCUUUUUGGAUCGAGAGUUGUCAAACGAACUCUCCUUGGAACGAAUUCCUUCUUCGGAAAAGUCCUCUCAUUCCAAGUUAACCGAGAGUGAUGGACUCAAUAUAACAGGGAAUCACAUAUCACGUCCGCUUGUCGGCAACGAUGCGGACAUACGACUAACUCUGAAACAUAUUCGGUCAAAGCUCUGGCUAUCUGACGGCGAAACCACGAGUGAAAAAUCCUUGGAAAUAUCAGCGAUUCCAAAUGGAAAGUGUCCUCCGCAUCAACAUGUACAUCCUUGCACAAACGAUCUGGUGCACGACUUUCCGAACAUAACAGUCCCCGAAUUUGCCGAUGCAGUUGCAAAGGCUGGAAUUAGCCAUGAGUCUACGCCGAAAUUUCUUCCCGAUUCUGCCCCCUUGAAACCAUUGCAGUGGAGUCCAUUUUCUCCAUCCCCGACUCAUAAUGUCCACGCAGUCGACGAUACUGCGACGCUUUCUGGGGUGACUUCAUCAGAUCAAACUCUCACCAAGCUCGAGCGUCCUGGACCAUUGGAUACCAAAGAUCAAACUUCUACAGACAACCGACGCGCAAAGACGAUGUGUUCGAAACUCUCUAUGCGAGUGCGAGGACUUAAGAGAUACAUCCACAAGAAGCUCUCAGUGAAGACUUGA